AUGCGUCAUAUUUACAAGCUUUCCGGCGUCUGUUUACGAUUGUCGUCGUACACGUUGUCUAUAAACGAAAACGUAAUUAUUUUUCUAAUAUAAAACUAUACGAAAAUGUCGUAUAAAGGUCCACAAAAAGUGCAAAAGGUGAUGGUACAACCCAUCAACCUUAUAUUCCGUUAUUUACAAAAUCGUUCGCGAGUUCAAGUUUGGUUGUACGAGAAUGUUAACCUACGAAUCGAGGGACACAUCGUUGGUUUUGACGAAUAUAUGAACCUGGUGUUGGACGAUGCCGAGGAAUAUCAUGUCAAGACGAAAAACAGAAAGACCCUGGGUCGUAUUAUGCUCAAAGGUGACAAUAUAACGCUUAUUCAAAAUACAAAUCCAGGAGCAAACUAGACUAGUCAACAUAACCUCAACACAUCAUUCCCUUGACAAACUACUUUUUUGAAAGAGAAACCAGAUUUUUGGAGUUGGGACAACAGUGAUAUCUAUUUUGUAUCAAUUUUCUACUUGAAAACUUGUAUCUACCGACUAUUUACUGUCGUCUUCAAGUCGAAGCUGUCAACAUAACCUCAGCGACAACAAUGAGUUAUUCCUGAGGCUCCGAUUUUCGCUUUGGAUUGCUUUUGUCAACAUCAUCUUCAAUUCGUUCUUCGAUUACAGUGUCAAUGGUUACCUCAAGUAAAUUUGGAGUGGAAGUUUGUAAACAUUGACUCUUAGCUUUGUUGAUAAUGAUAAACAAGUGUUGGGAUUUUUCAGAGAAAAUUGUAUUCCAAAAAGCAAUCUGUACAUUACUUUCGUAACUAAUAUUUUUCACUUCCAAAUU